CGAACAUCGAUGACACUUUUAUACGAAAUUAUUUUUCACAUUCCAUUUAAUAAGACGAGUUAUCCAUGGCAUCAAUUGGAAAAAUAACUUUAUUAAUCGCGUGCUCAAUAUAAUUAUUUUUACUCUGAUAUUUCGAAAAAUUUGUGAACUUUUUAAGUAUGAUGCUGUUUAUGUUGCUAUUUAGCCGACAAGGCAAAUUACGAUUGCAAAAGUGGUACAUGGCUUAUCCCGAUAAGGUGAAGAAGAAGAUAACUCGUGAAUUAGUAACUACCAUACUGGCACGGAAGCCUAAAAUGUGCUCAUUCUUGGAGUGGAAAGAUUGCAAAAUUGUGUACAAGCGGUAUGCGAGUUUAUAUUUUUGUUGUGCCAUCGAGCAGAACGAUAAUGAACUGUUAACCCUUGAAAUUAUUCACCGUUAUGUGGAGUUGUUGGAUAAAUAUUUUGGAAGUGUUUGUGAAUUGGACAUAAUUUUUAAUUUUGAAAAGGCCUACUUCAUCUUAGACGAGUUGUUAAUUGGCGGCGAAAUACAGGAGACAUCGAAGAAGAAUGUGCUCAAAGCGAUUGCCUCCCAGGAUCUGCUCCAAGAGAAGGAAGAAUUCUUCUACACCAUACAAUAAUCGCUACGCCUUUACCAGUUUAUCUAAAUAUACAUACGUUAAUUUAUUUAUCAAUACAUACUAUUAUAUAUACAUAUAUUGUUGCAUAGAUGGCCCGUUUUUGGAUAGCAAAUAUAUAUCUAUUAUAUCUAAUUGAAUAUUGAAUGAAAUAGGUUAAUAUGUUUAUUGUACACUUAAUGAAAUUGUAUUCAUGGAAUGAUUUAUAUUUUUCUUGUUUGUAAUUGACUGUUAUGCAUGCUUAAAUGUUAUGAUAUUGGUUAAUCGUAACGCAGCCGAGAAAAUUUGUAAUGUUAACUAGUUAAUAGCUUAUAAAAUGUACUUACAUAUAACUUAAAAAUUCCGGAACAGGUUCCAAAGCCUAGCCAGAAUUUGCCAAAUGUAUAAUAAAUAAUGCCUGUACCCGCUUGCCAUUAAAUGAAACGACAAAAAAACGAUUUUAA